GACAAUGUCUUCCUUCACCGACACUUGCGAGGGUGAUGCUUGCUGGGCAGCAGGAUGGCUUCAACAUAGCUUGACGAUCUCUGCCAGCAUCACCUCAGAUGCCGUGGAGACUGCCCGACUGGAAGGACCCUUAACCAGUCAUAUGUCUCCAGACAGCUUCCCGACUCGAGUUGUGCCAUUCGACAUCACGGUGUUGUCCAUCUUAUUCAUCCUGAUGAUGACCCUAUUGUGUCACGAGAUCUAUGCAGCCUUCCGUAAGCCGCUGCUUGCCAAUCACGAGGAGGCAAAGAGCAAUUGGAUGCAAGUCUCGUAUUUGGCCUCAUGGUUCAAUAUGUUCUUUGUCAUUGCCAUGACCGUUCCUGUGUCGCUGGAUUUCUGCAUGCAGAUGGGCCAAAGUGCAACGAUGUCUGGCUUCUUCCUGAGCUCUCCCAUCAUUGGUUCGAUUGUUGGCAUCGUCGUGGGUAAAAUUAUAUGCGGCGAAGCUGAUUGGAACCAACUCUUCGCCCGGCGCAUGAUGGUUUGGUGUGGGCAGUUUUCAUUCUUGUGCACCUUGGUUACUGCCUUUCUCCUCAACCAUUCCGUCCAUCUCUCCUUGUCACAGCGACGAACGACUUUUUGGUUCAUCAUUUUGCUGCUGCAAGUAAGCACACUGGUCUCUGCAAUGCCAACGGUGCCCAUGUUGGUGAUGCAGAACAAGGUCACGCCAACCUCUGAGAAGACCUUUUGGAUGAUCAUGGCUCAGUGCUUCAGAAACGCCGGGAUGUUGGUGGGGCCGGGAUUCUUUGCCCUUACUGCUUGGGCGGUAAAGCGUGGACAGCCAGUUGCGCCAACUUCGCUGAUGGCUUGGUGCUAUCUUGGAUUCCUGCUGUUUGGAGAAUGUCUUGCAAUCUAUUCCAGCAUGGUCUUGCCAAAAGUGCUUGUGCCACUGCCAGAAGAGCCCAGUGCACCCGAGACAGAAGUUUGUGUGAUGAUGUUGCCAAGUACACAACGAGAAAGGGUUGUGAAAAACAUGGUCUGGUAUGCUUUGGAGCGGCCCUUCUCUAUUUCAGCCAUUGAGGUGAGCACGAUUAUGCUCCUAGAGGUUUCGUACGGGUGGUCAACAGAACUGUGCGGAACUGCAUUUACCGUGGUUGCUGGAGCAAGUCUGAUUUUCUCAGCCAUUUCCAGUGUUCUGCUGUCGCGGAAAUUUCUCACAGAGUCCUCCGUGUUCUUUGGUGCGAACCUCGCAGGACUGUUUGGCGUGAUCUUCCUCUUCGAUUUUGGCACAGGAGCUGCUGGUCUUCUACUUGCAGAUGGCAUGGUUUAUGGUAUGGCCAGUGUGGCCAAUGGCAUUGCUGAAGGUUGGGCGAGCAAGGCCGCCAUGCCCGGCACUAACUUCAGCCUUGAGAUCUAUCGAUUGCAGAACACCAUCGCUGUGAACUGUGCGCGUUUUGUCUCUCCCAUUGUGGCAAGAACAGUCCUGGAUUUCGGCGGCCGAAAUAUAUAUGCAUGCCUGCAGCUAUUGAUUGUUUUCCUUGGCACUGCGACUGUGUAUAAGACCGUCAAAAUGGUUUGGGACAACAAAGGAGAGGAUGAGAAGCAGACGCCUGUCCUGAAAAAAGAGGAGGCCAUGCAGGAUGCGAAUUGA